GCCAAACAACGCGCCCGCAGCCUCCACUCACUCUCAGCCGCAGACUCAGAAAGUUCACAUCUUGGUGAUUUUAAUUGACCAUUAUUAUUAGUAGUAUCGUCGUCGUCGUCAAUCAAUCAAUCGAAGUGAAUCCGAGGCAUCGUUAUCGCGAUCGAAAGAGUUUUCACAGCAGCAGCAGCAGGAGGAGGAGGAGGAGGGUGGUGAUCGAGCGGGUCUGAAUCCUCUGACGAAGUUGUUGUGCGCUCUGCUUGAGCCACGUGCUUCGAGGGGGCCGCCACUGGAACAGCGCGGGGGCGCGUUGGCAUGGGGCGAACGUUGCCAUAACGAAGGGCGGCGGUGGAUUCGGAGCGCCCCUCGUGCACGCGACGACGGCGAUGUCUGCCCGCUCGUCUGACGCCGAGGUGGAACGAAGCGUCCUGGAGGAGAUGGAUGAGAACGGCAUCAUCCGAAUGGCGCAGUUCCCCGACGAGUUUGAGUAUCAAAACAGGGUGCUUGACAGGGGAGAUGAUGUCAUUGAGGAAUUUUAUACACCUGGUGAUGAGCUGCCAGAUGGCGACCCAUCCAAGCACGGGUACGACGGAGACUUUUAUACCGACGAGCCGAGCCUCACGGCCAGUGACAUCCCAGACUCGGCAAAUUCGUGGGGCCCUCCUGCACAGCAGAAUGAGCGAUGGGCGAGUCGGCGGAGGCGCUCGAACACCACCGGCGGCCAUGGUGGCAGCCGGAAGCCAUCGCUGCAGGAGUUUGUGGAAGCGGAGGACGCUCUGGGAGGCGCCCACGGGAGCGCGGAGGAGCAGCCAGACCUGCCGUACGACCGCUCGCUCAUGAACGACAGCCUGGCCCAGUGGCAGGAGAUGGAGCACCUCCUGGAGGUGUACAACAAAACCCUAGAUGCCAGUGAAGAUUUCUCCGAUGGACCACACAAUGCUGGCGCGGCGGACUUCCUCGGCUCUGGGCACGAGUCGCACUUUGAAAACUCUGAGGAGACGUACGGGAACACCGGGAACCUGCUGGGGGACACCAUGCACUUUCCCCGAGACUCGGACGUGCAGGGUGUGUACAACUUGGAGGACGCGCGCGAAGCAGUGGGUGCGGGACAGCUGGACGGGGGUGCGGAGCUUCGUUGGGCGGGCGCGCCUCGGGAGAGGAUGGAUUUGAACAGGCAUCGCCUGUCGGAGGAGUUUCAGCGCGACGAGAUCCACCCGAGCAGUUUCAUCGCCGCCGAGAUCAUGCCGGACUUGAACGGGGAGAGUGCGGACGAAAGAAACAGCAGAGUUAGCGAACCCUCACAAAGGAGCGACCACUCGUCGAGGCUGCGUAAUGUGAAUAAACAACAGGACAGAUGGCUCGAGGGAGACGCAGACUACUCGCCACAAAAUAGGCACGGUGUUGGCAAAACGCCGGCUGGACUGAUGUCCACACAGCACAAAGGGACGUACGUGCAGAGAAGCCCGCUAAAGGCCGACCAUGGGCUAAACGUGAUUUACAAUGCACAGGACGACCAUCAGCACGUUGCAAGAUCGCCGAACUCGAACGCCACGCUGGCAACUCCGCAGAUGGUAACGGAAACACCCGGCAGGUCGAGGCGCUCAAAGCCGUCGCUUAUGGAACCGCGGGGUCACGUGAAGACGCCGAAUCGGUCACAGAGCUCGAGAGCGUCCGCUUCGAGGUCUGGUCACACGAAAACAGCUUCCAACGACAGAAUUGGCUCCAGGUCACCGAGUCCUAUCGGAACCGCGCACAAUGCACGAGCCUCCCGCUCCAUAAGCCCCGGCCGGUCUCAAAGGCAGCUAAAUUACCCACUUCCCGACUUGUCCAAAGUUGGACCCAAGGUUAACUUUCCCAGGCAAGGCCACGUCUACCAGAAUAAAAGGGCAUCACUCGGGGAGGUCGAAACACCGAAAUCCGCGCGGUCGCCGGCUGAUGUCGUGCGCAGGGUCCUGGCGGAUUCGGAUGCUGCGCCGUUGUGUGAAGGUCAGAGUUCAAGGGUUGUCACUUCUGACCCCGCGACAGACUUGGUGCACCAAUUGCAGGAAGAUUAUGACCGGUUACUUACUAAGUACGCUGAGGCUGAAAACACCAUUGACCAGCUACGACUUGGAGCAAAGGUGUCUCUGUAUUCGGAUAGUCCUGUGCCCAGACAAGUGGUGCAACAACAGCGAGUGCUCCCCCAUUCCAGUCAGGUCAUGACCUUACAAUUCCCACACUCCCAGCAAGCAAUGCUGCAUAACACCAAUCCUGCGACGUCGGAAUGGGCACAUUCAACAGCACAGUUUGCUCCUUACACGCAGCCAGGAGAGCAUAAGGUCGUGAAUGAGCACGGGGCACAAGGCAGCACUGGUAGUUUCGGCAGGGCCCCACAGCCUCCCUUGGAUUCCCUUGAUCCCAGCAUCACCUCUCAGCUGGAGACAGAGCUGGCCAAGCAGGUGAAGAAAUUCAAGGAGCAGGUGGACAUCUUCCAAAGGAUGCAGAAAGCUGGACAAGUGACCCAACAGGAGCAGUUUCAGACUUACCAGCGGCUCCGCGAGGGUCAGGAUGUCCUGGAGCGUGGCUACAUGGCCGCCAAGCAGCAGCACCAGAUGGCUCAGAGAAACUCCGCUGGCAGUGGAGAAUUUGAUGCCAACAGGGUGUUGGAGAGUGCCAUAUUCCAGUUGGGCAUGCAGCUGGAGGAGAUUUCCGAGUGCAUGAAUGAAACGCCGAGGACACCGCUGCAGUUUGGGGACAAUGACACGCUCCUCCUGCCAAUCGCGCCAUCGGCUCUCGCCCCAUCGCCCACCUCACAGACUCCGUACCCUCACAGUCCACUGCCGGAUGCCACUCAGCACCGUGGGGCGCUGAGCAUGGAGCUGAGCUCGCUCAACGGAGACAGCGACAGCCCAGGGGCCCUGCUGCUGGGACUUCCGCCACCCCUGACCUCAAAGAGGGAACGAGCCGAGAUUGAAUACGCACGUCUCCUUGGCCAGUACAACAACUUUAAGACGCUCCCAGACGCGUUCAGUUCGCGAGCGGUGGACGCGGGCAGCGGGGACGGGGCGAGCGAGCGGAGCGACUCUGCCAGCCCCGACGGUGGGCGCACGCCACGCCCGCGGACGCCCAUGUGGCCGGCGCGUGCCUCUCCUUCAGCCACGGAGCACGACGGGAAGGCGGGAGGGGACGCCGCUUUGCGCAGCGGUCGCCGAACGGCUCAGCACAGCGGCGCGGCGGCGGUGGCGGCGGCGGCGGCGGAGCACCACACCACGGCGAAAGCAGAGCCGCGUGCGCCGGUGAUGCCGAGGGCCCGGGGAGCACAGCCCCGCGCAGCCACGAGCCGCAGCAGCCUGAGCAGCGGCACGGGCGACGCUGCCAACCGUGAGCCCCGGCCCCGUCCAGCGCGACGGCCGGCCGCCGGCACUAAGCAGGAGGAUCGAAUCUUGUCACCAGAGACUGAUAGCGGCUUCGUCGGUUCAGAGAGCGGGCGGCUCGGAGCAACGCUCACGACCCCAGAAACAACGAUGCACGUGACCAGGCAUCCCAGUGGCGUCGAAGCGGCUCCGAAACAACGCAGGGCGGGGGCAGCGCCGCGGGCAGCGCCGCGGGUCCCGCAGGAUGAGGAGGCGAGGGCGACUGGCGCGGGAUCCAAGCGGUGGGCUGCGGGUGAGCAGACAAGCAGCACUCGUGGCGACGUCACGCCCAUCCGCGCCACCGCACCCCGCCUCUACGUCAGAGGCGCGGGGAGGGAUGGAGAGAAGGGGGAGAUCUCCACCCCACGAGCGUUGGCGGUGGAGGCGGUGAGGACGGCUGCGCGUGCCACUAGAAGGGGCGCGGACGAGGUGCCUGGCUCGCCAGGCUCCACGCGCCUCGACUCUGGCCAGCCCUCCCGUGGCAGGCGCCUCUCCCAGCUCAGCGACGGGCAGUCGUCCCGCUCGUCGAAGCAGGAAGCCAUGCUGACACUGCAGUCAGAAAUCGCCAAACUGGGGCGGCGCCUGGAGCAGAGCAAGAGGCCUGGCCACGUCGCCCGGGACCCCGAGAGGUCUCGCGAAACCUCGGCAUCGUCGUCCGGCCGAUCCCGGGGACGAACCAGGCGCCGCAGCGUCGUGCCGCCGCCGGCUCCUCUGGCGAGCACGCCCAAGCGAGACAAAAGCGUGGAGGACCUUCACCGUGAAGUCGUCAAGCUGCGGGAGGAAGUGAGAUCGAGAUUCAGCCAGUCGCAGCCUCCUCCCCUGCGCUCUCAACACGCUCACUGCUCGGACACGGAGGGCUCGCACACGGCCAGCGCUUCCCGUGCUGCCAUUCCCAACCGAACCCCGCGCAUGCACAGGAGCCAGUCGGAGGGCAGGCUGUCCCUGCGAGGCCCAUACACAGGACGGGACUAUAUUUCUCCGACCGUGGACCUUGCCAGCGUGGGCGUUCCUGCGGACUCAAGGGACACGGACCAGGCUGUUCCAUGCCACUUUUGCAAUGGCAGCGGAGUUCAAGAAGUCGUCCGCGCUGGCAGUCUGGACGGGCUGAACCUCCGCGUGCCGCUGCCCUCUCCACGGCGGCGGCGGAUAAGCGACGCCCGCGCCGCGCCGCACUGCCCGCUCUGCCGCGGCCAGGGCACCGUCGUGGUGUCUCGCGGUCACCAAGAGGGUCGCGCCAAACACGAUUCCUUCCAACGCCAGGGUCGCAGUAAAGGCAGGCGGAGAAGCCACGAGGCGGCCACGCUGGAGGCCGCUGCACCCAUCCCCAUCCUGCAGCCUGGGGUCUCCUUCCCUUACUCGCUGCAAUACCUGCCCCACACGCCACCCAUCAUAUACUACGCGAGCCCUGCCCCCAUGUACGUGCCCGUGUCUCCCGCGCGUCUCUAUGCCGCGGUUGACCGCGUGCCGGGGCAACCGCCGGAGCGGACUCGACGCAGCCACAGCGUGGGGCCCGCUCGCGACGGAGACGGCCGCUGGGUGACCGCCAGGGACAUCUUGUGGAAGUCGUACGACCCUGGCCUGUUCGCGUCACUCGACCGGGCCAUGGAGGCAGCUGAGUGCGUCCGUCGGAGAACCAAGAAGCUGUCGCGAGCCCUCCGCUCAGACGUGGCCCAUGCCGGAGAGUUCUACAACGCCCUGGUGUAGCGCCACCGCUCUGGACCAUCUCCAUCUCCCUGGGAGUCUCCUUGGCUGUGAUGCUGUCGCGCAAUGGAAAGCCGGUUCUGGUCACACGCAGCGCACUUGCUGACACCUUGUUUCCGUGACCAUUGGGAAGCAGGCUUUGCUGGUACAGGGUUUGGGUUAGUAAGUGGCUCGUAUCAGCAAGGACAGAGUCAAACCUCAAAAAUUUAGACUCGAGUAAGCUGGGGGGCUUUUCCGAGAUCAUUAAACAACCCUCCAGGAAUUUGGGAAUCUGUUCUCUUGGAUACCGCGUGAUGUUUUUACGUUGAUUUUAGGUUUAAUUUACAAAUAAAAUAAGUGUUUCGAGCCCGUCAGAAAUCUAUUCGGCCUUCCAAGUCCAGUGAAGCUCAGCCGUCAUCCGAUGCUUUAUGGUGAUGUAAAUUCGCUCAGACUACACUAUAUGGUAGAGAUUUUAAAAAAAUUGUAAAAUGUAAACGGUAAAUAUUUAGUAAAUUGUUAUGAAGUAUGAAUGAAAUAUCUUGGAGUUUAAUUACGUGUAAAUGUAAUGAUAUUUACAUGAAAGUAAAAUUCAGCAUUUUUUUAAAUUAUUGAAUGAGUUACAGUAUGCAGAACAUCAUCCCCCAGAAUGGGAAAUGUUCUCCCCAAAAUUGUUCUGCCUUCUCGAGGCUUUACUGUAGUCCAGGGCCAUCGGUCACCGUACGCGAUGAACUAUUAGGGUCCAAGGUCUCAGCCCAUAAACCCUCUCUCUCUGCGGCUCUCCACCCACCAUGAGCAGUGCGGGGAGGGGGGGGGUUAGGUUUGACCACGCUCAUUUAACAUUUGUUGGUUUUGUAAUUUUUCCCACCAUGCUUUUUAUUGAACAAGUCACCUCCCUCGCUUCCAUGUCGACUCCACGACGGCACGUGAUGGCCCAGGUAAUAAGCACGUGCAGCUCGGUUGCAGAUGGGAGCUGAGAAUCACUAUUUUUUUAACUAACGGGGGAUCGGUUUGGACAGGAUGAGAUAUUGUGGGAACGUGUGUUCUCUGCUCUGGCCGUGGUUCCAGCAUAAACACAGCAGGAUUUCCACUGGCUGUGGAAGCAAUGCCUAGAGCUUGCAGCACCCUUCGCAGCUCUGUUGCACCACCGGUGCAUUCGCUUCAAUAUUCAUAAUGUCGACGUUAUCAUGCAGUGUCUUAAAACCUGAGCAUGCCUGUUCUUAUAUACAACAAAUACGCCUUGAUUAGCCUUACGACUGACAGUGCAAGUGCUGUUAGCAAGUGCCUAUUAUUGCCAGCAUGGCAAUGAGGAAAUAGUUUGGCCUCUUACCUCCAGCCACCUCUGUCUCUCCAGUGCUGCCUUCAGCUCUACUGAUCCUAUCGGGUAGGAAUUUUAGGCUCAGCAGACCUCGGAGAGGACGAGGCAAAGUUCCGACAUCACUUUCUUACGAAUGUGCAUGGCAAGGAAUGUAACCCAGGGCACCCGUGAUUGUGGCACAAUGAGCUAAACAUCGCAUCACCACUCUUCAAUGAAACACAUUUAUAUAAAAAAUAAGUACACGUGCAUAUACAUUUGAACAUCACAUAUCCAACUGAGACGUAGGUGGAUCUGUGAAAAGGUUGAAUAUGUGAGCGUCUGUGGGAAAUCACAGUUAUGUCAUGUAAAAUACACUGCACCGGGCGUGGGCGAGGUUGGAUAUGCUUCGUUGUAAUGCAUAUAAAUAAUACACCAGCUUGCUCAUAUUGCUUGUAAUGCAGACGAUAUAUGCAAGCUCUUAUGCAGUGGCCUUACAGAAGCUUUUUUUGUUGCUGGAAAUGAGAUUUGGUUUUUGUUAUGUUUUGCAAAGAGGCCUUCAUUCGCAAUGUAUCCGUGAACAUGUAACACAUGCUGCAUGUAUUCUUAAACAAUGCAGAGUGAUUUCAAAUCAAAAUCCACAGCAUUAGACCUCACAAGCUUCAAGGUGUGGCUGUAGGUGUCUCACCUGUAAGUUGUUCAGGAUUAGUUUUGUAUUUAUAUCAAAGUUUUUGACGUAGAUCCAUAUAAAAUGUAGCAUAUGCAUAGCAAAUAGCUACGUAUACAUUAUAUAAACAAUGAGAGUCAAAGUCUCUUGAUUUACAUAUUCACUUUCUCAUGUUUGAGUUGCUUUCAAAGUGAACUAAUAUCAUUGGUACACGCAUCUGUCUUCUAGGAAUGUUCGUGUAAUCAGUGCUCCAGAAAUUGCAUCAGCUGCUUAUUUUCUUCACGGUGAAGUCAAAGAUGUAAUCACGGAGUGUUUCUCCCCAGCUAAGAUCAAACAAAUCGGUGCAUUGCUGAGAUAAAAAAUAUUAUUGACAAUGUGAUGUUUUUAUAUUUUUAAAGCUGUGUUAAUCGAGCAGAGUUUUUAUUACUGCUUGAGAUAGAUUACAAUGUUGUGUGUGUGUGUGUUGAAGGAAAUACGCAAUUUGUACAGUAUAUGUUUACCUCAUCACUUUGGUACGCAUUCAAUUGGAUUUUGUUUUUGCUAUUACAACAGCGCUGAAUCAAAUGUUUAUUCAUACACUUGUGUGUUUUUAUUGUGUGUCUACAUAUGACAAGGUGCCACACUCUAAACUCUGCUGUUUGUAGUUUAGAUCAGGGGUCGGCAACCAAAAUAACAAGAAGAGCCAUUAAAAAAAAAGAAAUCGGUAAAAAAAAAAUCAAUUUUUCAAGAGCCGCAAAGCACGCGGUGAAUACGAGACGGCGGUGCUCCUUGAUAAACGACGUCACGAAGCAGUCCUUAAAGAGCCGCACGCGGCUCCGGAGCCGCAGAUUGCCGACCACUGACUUAGAUGAAUGGACUCCUGUCUGUGACAUCACGCUGCAUAACGUAGGUCGAUGAACAUCCCAGAAUUCACUGAUGGCAUCUAGACGAUUCAAAUCGGUCUCUGGACGAUUCAAAUCGGUCGAGAUCGGCCAGUGUUUCUCAACUCAAGUCUUCACAACCAUCAAACUGCACAGCUGUCCUUGAUUACCAACCAUCAGGUGCAUGCAGUGUGCAGUGGGCUCAAUUUGCAUAUAGAUAUAAAAUAUUGGUAAAUCGGGAAAAGGCUGAUAGAGUGCAUGGUGGCAAGGGCUGGAAUUUGAGAAAAGGUGGUCGAAAAGUGCCCUGGCUCUUGGUCCAAAAACCCAUUGGUUGAUGGACUGUGACAACAUUCUUAUUUCAUCAUUAGACCUCCUUUGCCAGUACCAAAAUAUAAUAAUAGGGUUUUCCCCCUUUUUUCUGGCAACAAAACUGAAAACCUUUUUAGAAGGAUUCAAGUCUGCAUUAACCACAAUACCUGCAGUCGAAAUGCAAACAAAAAACACACUCUGAUAAUAUAUGCAUUGUCCCUGAAACUGAUUGGUCCACACAAAGGGACGGCUUUCUUUUAAUAUAACAUUCUUAUUCAUUGAAAAGGACAAUUCUUUUGUUUCCCACACUUCUCUGCAAAAAUCCCAUGAGUUGUAUAGCUACUUGAUGUACAGCCUUGAAAGGUGAGGGAGGUAAUUUAUAAGAUAUUCAUUUUAAUAACACGCAAAGCUAUUUCAAGUACUUGCAUUUACAUGGGCCUUCCCAACAGGUUAGAAAUGCAAAGGUCACGCGGUGGAUUGAUCUGCUUUAUGAAUGUAAUUGCAAGCCACUAAAAUUGCAAGCCACUAAAAAGGUAACUAAUAGACUUUGAGCAUAUUUAAAUAAAAACACAUAUAUGUUUCCAAUGACUUGUUAAAAAUACAAUGUGUAUGUUUUGCCUUAAUAUGUUUUGACACUUUUCCUCCUGUAUUUAAAAUUAUGGCACAAGUGAACUGUUGUUUUAAUUUAACAUUUUAAAAUUAAUCGUGAUGGUUUUGCUACGAUCAAAUAUGUAAACACAUUUUUCGUUGAGAUUUUUUUAAGCAUAUAUUUUUAAACUGUAAGAGAUAUAUAUAUAAUACUAUACAAAAAAUAAAACUUAAACCUCACACGAUUGUCCUCUUAAUGUUCACCGUACAAGCCUAAUGUCAUUGUAUUUGUGUGUGCACAAUAUUUGGUUUUCAGGAAACAAAGUUCAAUAAUGUGUG